AGGGAAAAACCCUUUUAAGAGCAUAAAAACACAACAGCUGAACUCUAUCAUCCAUAACUUUAUCAAUAAGCCAUUUUGGAGGUGAAGACAGAAGAUCAAUACAAUGAAAACUUUUACAGCUGUGGUUGUUCUAGGCUGCCUGCUGGCUGUAGAGGUGACAAGCCAGGCUAGAGCUCCAAAGGGCAGGUGUUUCUGUGCUGACAAAGGUGUAAACAUGGUUCCUCCUAAACUGAUUGAGAAGGUGGAAAUCAUACCACCAAGCCCCUCUUGUGAAAACCAGGAGAUUGUUGUUACUCUGAAAAAUGGUACAGAGCAGAAAUGCUUAAAUCCAGAAUCUAAAUUCACACAAAAAUACAUCAUGAGGGCUCUUAAAAAGAGGAGCCUGCAGAAGGAACCUUGAAAUAUGAAUGGAAGUGAAGUGAAGACCACAUGAUAUUAACUCCAUGCAAUCAGUAACCAACAUCCUUAUGGCAAGAAUUGAACUGAAUUUUUAUAUUACUUUUUCCAUAUUAUUUUUAUGCUAUAUUUUAGAAUUCCUAAUGCAGUGUAAUGUUUUCUAAUGUAAAUCUUUAGCUGAUUAACAUGAUCAUUAAUCACUGUUGUGUGCAUUUUAAAAUAGUAAUGCAAAAGCAUGAUUACGGUGUCAUAUUUUGCUGAAUAAAGCUUGUGACAUUUCA